UAAAGUUUCACAACAUCCGGUUUGCACCUAUCGACAUCCUGUUAGCUUAACGCGGCUUGGUUAACCCGCUGCAGAGGAGAACAGAAGCAGGAAAGGUUAAAAUGGAGCCUCAGAAGAAGCUGAUCAACUCAGUGGACAGCUGCGUGGACGAGGCUCUCUGUGGCCUGGUCAGGGCCUCUGGGGGCCUCUCUCUGCUGAAGGGCCACAGGGUCGUGCUUCGCUCGGACCUGGACCACCUGAAGGGCAAAGUGGCCCUGCUGUCUGGAGGCGGGUCAGGCCACGAGCCGGCCCACGCAGGUUACGUCGGUGCGGGCAUGCUCUCUGCUGCCGUGGCGGGAGGAGUGUUCGCCUCGCCGCCUCCCACCAGCAUCCUGGCUGCGAUCCUCACCCUGAGUGAAGCAGGAGCCUCCGGAGUCCUGCUCAUCGUGAAGAACUACACAGGAGACCGCCUCAACUUUGGACUGGCUGCCGAGCAGGCUCGUAACCAGGGGGUCCCUGUGGACAUGGUGAUAGUUGCAGAGGACUGCGCCUUCGACCGGCCCAGCAAGGCUGGCAGGAGGGGCCUGUGCGGCACCGUCUUCAUACACAAGCUGGCGGGAGCACUGGCAGAAGAAGGCUGCUCAUUGGACCACAUCGUUGCCAUGGUGACAGAGGUCCUGAAGGGGAUGGGUACUCUCGGUGUGAGCCUGUCUCCCUGCAGCGUGCCCGGCUGCCGGCCCUCCUUCGACCUGCCGCCUGGAGACAUGGAGCUGGGACUGGGAAUCCAUGGAGAACCAGGAAUCAAAAGAUCAAAGGUGGCGUCUGCAGACCAGGUGGUGAAGACCAUGAUGGAUCACAUGACCAACCCUGACAGCCAAUCACAUCUGCCGCUGAGCUCAGGAGACAGUGUUGUUCUGUGUGUGAACAACCUCGGAGCUCUAUCUCACCUGGAGAUGGGCGUGGUCACCAGAGCAGCCAUCACCUGCCUGGAGAGUCGUGGCGUGACGGUUGCCAGGGUGAUGUCCGGGUCGUUCAUGACCUCACUGGAGAUGGCAGGAGUGUCGCUGACCCUGAUGAGGGUCGACCCAAAACUGCUGAGACUGUUCGAUGCUAAGACUAGCGCCCCCGCCUGGCCGAACCUCAGCAGCGUGUGCGUGAGCGGACGCAGCCACGUCACCGAGCCGCCGGUCAGGAGCGCGCGGCCGCAGGACGACGCACACGCAGAGGGUGCGCUGAGUCCCGUGAUGCGCACGGCGUUGGAUAAGAUUUGUUGCGUGUUGUUGGAGAAGCAGGAGGAGCUGAACUCUUUGGACCGUGCAGCCGGAGACGGAGACUGCGGGAACACCCAUGCUCAGGCUGCCAGAGCCGUUCAGGAGUGGCUCGCAGCUCACGUGGUCCCCGGCUGUCCGGGGAGACUGCUGUUGGUCCUCGGCGGGCUGGUCCAGGAGAAGAUGGGCGGGUCCUCGGGAGCGCUGUACAGUCUGUUCCUGACCGCCGCCGCCGGCCACGUGAGCGAGGGGCGGAGCCACGCUGCCGCCUGGGCCAGAGCAGUGCAUGCUGGGACACAAGCCAUGAGAAGGUAUGGAGGGGCGGAGCCAGGAGACAGAACGAUGCUGGAUGCUUUGUGUCCUGCGGCGGACGAGCUGAUGAAGCUGACCGCAGCGCCCCCAGCUGGAGCGAUGGCGGUUCUGCAGGCUGCCGCUCAGAAAGCGUCCUGCGGUGCCGAGGCGACGCGUCACAUGACCGCCAGAGCCGGCCGGGCCAGCUACAUCGCCGCGGACCGGGUCACCCUGCCCGAUCCCGGCGCCGUGGCUGUGGCCGCCAUCUUGAGAGCUGUAGUGGAGACUCUGGAGGAGAAGUGAAAAGAAACGGAGAUUUUAGCAGAGAUCCAGACUUUUCCACAUGUUUUUCUUCAGGGUGUUUUCUGUCUUCGACACAUUCCUCUUCGGCUGAUUAGCUAAAACUUUCAUUUUCAUUAUAGGAACCAUGUCAAAUAAAAAAAGUACUUUUUCUGAUCCUUUUUAGUAAGUUUUUAAUCAAACCAAGAACACUAAAGGAAAUCUGAGACAUUCGUCUGGAGGCAAAGUGCUUCAAAAUAAAUGAAACUGAAACCAAAUUUAUUUAAAUUAAUUACAAAUUAUGGUUUUCUGCAGUUUUUGUUUGAUGUUACAAAGACAAAAAACAGCAUUUUUAGUAUAAAGAGCUACGUUUUUUGCUUAUAUAGAAUAAAUAACUAUUCUGUUGUAAAGUUUAAAAGUGUAAAUUUCUCAGACUUUGAUCUAAAUGUUUUUUACUUUUAUAACAGAAUGUAAAUAAUAGUUGAAGCUCUUUUCUCAGAUAUGUUCAGUGUAGUUUCGUUUUGUAUUUUUCUACUAAUCUGACGAACAGUACGAGCCUGGAUUACUGAGUAAUAAAAAAAUAAAAGUA